AUGCUCGUGAACCAUUUGUGGGUGUUCGCAUUUUUUGGCGUCGCGUUCGCGUUUUUCCCAACCCUCCAAGAAGUGAACAUUUUCGCCGAUUUGCCGCCGAAAUUCCCGCAAAACUAUCGCGCACGAAUCGAGCAGAUUGUGAGCAACGACGACUACACGUUUGCGAUGAUGUCCGAACGGGCCAUCAAGCUCGCACAGGAGAUUGGCGACGCGAAAUUGGAGAAAAUCAUCAACGAGCAACCCGUUGCCUCUUAUAUGCACACCGAAGACAUAUCGCGAUUUGUUGAAUAUUUUGGACCGCGUAUGGAGAAAUUGAUAGCGAAAAUGCCGAAGAAGGUGGCCAAGUUCAAUAACGUCACCGAGUAUUUUAGGCGAUUUUAUGAGACGCAUUUGACGUACUUCGCGCCGGGUUUGAACGCGUUCUUCGCGAUUGUCAAGAACGAAGGAUUUCCCGAUAAAAAUAUGCGGGAUGUGUAUGAUCAUAUGCAAAGCGAUGCGAAUUAUUAUUUGAAAUUGACGAAGAAAAGCAGCGAGUAUCGAGAUCGAAUUCAACCAGUUGCUGAUGAUUUUGGCGACUAUUUCUAUUAUAACGAUAGCAAUAAAUAUACGGUGAAACAGAUCAAGGCGGCAAUCGAAACGCUCAAGAAGCGUUUGAGUAAAGAGGAUCUUGAAAUUCUCGAUAGACUUAUUCGCGAAACCGCCGAAUGGAAUAUCAAACGCCUCAAUGAAUCUCAAUAA